CGUUUGCUGGUUGUACAUUUUCUUUCAAUAUUUAUUGUAAUAUUUUGAAGCGAAAUUUUAUUUAUUAAAUGAAUAAUAAUGGAGAUUGUCGCUAUCGAGAAACAGAAUGAGUCGGACAGACAUAAAACAAAGAAAAAAACACAUAAGAAACAGUCAAAACCGCCAGUAGCUGAAGCCGCAGGUGAUCAUGCCGGUGGACAAAAAAGUCACAGGAAGCGUAAAAGACAUCAUUUCAAUGCAAUACGCGCACAAAUGGAGUUUUACUUUGGCGAUGCAAAUCUUUCCAAGGAUCGAUAUCUUAAACAGCUUAUGGACAAAGAUCCAUAUGUACCUUUGGAUAUUUUUCUAAGUUUCAACAAAAUGAAAGCGCUUACCUCUUCAGUGGAGGAAAUCAAAAAGUCCUUAACAAACUCAGAACUACUUGAGUUGGAUGAAACUAAUUCAAGAGUUAGACGCAAGACAGCUUUACCGGUAGAACGUAAUGUCGACGACAAGACACUUUAUGUUGAAGCAUUACCAGCUGCAGCUGAUCACGAUUGGGUGCGUCAAGCGUUUGAACGAUUUGGUGCAGUCGUUUAUGUCUCACUACCAAAAUAUGCUAAAUCACGGAAAAUCAAGGAAUUUGGUUUCGUCGAAUUCGAGCAGGCGAGUAGUGUGGACAAAGCGAUUAAGGCUUUCAGCGAAUUCAACGGUGUAUUAAGGAUGCAAGAAACUGAUCCUGCCGAAUUGCAAAGUGUGAAAUCAUUCAUCAGAGAGCAAAAUGAAGAAGAUAUAGAAGCGAAUAAUGUAUCCGACACCGAACAUAAAAAGAUUAAGAAAUUGAAAAGGGUUGCCGAUGAAACGUCGGAAGAAGAAGGCCCUGAAUCGAAGAAAGUAAAAACAGAAAACGAUGAAAACUCCACCGCAAACGAAACUGGGGAGACUUCAAAUGAUACCGAAGAUCAAGCAGAUGACGAUGGAGAUGCCAAGAAGAAGAAACGCCGCAAGAAGAAGAAAAAGGCAAAAACUUUAGAAAAACGUCGUAAAGAUACAGAUUUGAAUACAGAUGCAUCUUUCUAUGAGCUCAAAGUUUUGCCGAAAUGUGAUUGGAAACGUUUACGUAAUAAAUACCUCAACUUGCAACGCGAAAAGAUAGCUGAAUUGAAACGCAAAGCAUGGAAGGAAAAACAGCAACAACGUGCUAGUGAGGGCGUUUCCGCCGAAACGUCGGAUGCCUCAGCACCCACGCCAGCUAAGAAACCAAAGCCCAACGAACGAAAGUUGCGCAAAAUGAAUAUGAACUUUUAUGGCGCAGGUGAGGAGGAUGCCAAACCACAACCCAAAGAGUUGAAGCACAAUCCAGCUUUAGAACGAGCACCGCUCUUUAGCUAUUCCGAAGGAUUAAUAGUGGAAGUAGGUUUCUUAAAUCCUUGUGUCAACAUAAAGGAAUUUAAGGCUGAUAUGCGUCAAUAUGAAACUGUAAAGUACGUUGACGUUAAGGAGGGCGCCAUGCAUGCACAUCUACGUUUGGACACAGCGGAUGCGGCAACUGAUUUCGUGCGCCAAGUGACUUGUGCGGAGUAUAACUGCAAAGUGCUAAACGGCGAAGCUGAGUUGGAAUAUUGGAAAAAGAUUGAGGCGGAUCGAGAAAUGAAAUUGAAUAAACAAGUAAAAGUACCACAGAAGAGAGGUAGAGAGAAAGUUAAGAAAUUAAUAACAAAACAUAUACGUUUUGGAGAAGAGGAUGAAUAAUUAACACAGUCAAUGUGUUUUAGUAAAAUAAAAAUUUUAUUUGAAUAAAAUAUCUAAGUAAAUAA